AUGAAGUUCUCAGCUGUGAUUGCUCCCCUGCUUUCCAUCCCUCUGGUCUUUGCCAGCCCCAACGGAGACUACGGAUAUGGCAAGACCAAGACCGUGACCGCAACCGUCACUCACACCGUCACCAAGCCCAUCUACAAGCCCCCGAUCACAAAGACAAAGACUGAGACGGUCACCAAGAAGUACCCCGUCACCGAGACCGAGACUGUCACAAAGUACAAGUGGAAGCCUCCCGUCACCAAGACCGAGUACGUCACAAAGUGGAAGCCUCCUGUCACCAAGUACGAGACCAAGUACAAGACCGUCACCGAGACCGACACUGUCACCAAGUGGAAGCCUCCCGUCACCAAGUACGAGACCAAGUACAAGACCAAGACAGAGACCUCCACCAAGUACAUCCACAAGCCCGCCGUCACCAAGUACAAGACUGUCACCGAGACCAAGACCGUCACCAAGCAGCCUCACCCCACAUACCACAAGCCCGGCUACGAGAAGCCCCCCCACAAGGAGUACAAGGCUUAA